CGCCCCGCACCUCCCCGGCCAGGCCGCGCCCGCCCCGCGCCGGGCCAUGCUGCCCCGGCGGCCGCGCUGAAGGAUGCCGACCCCGCGCCCCGCGCCCUCGCCGCGGCCCGUGCGCCUGCUGCGGCUGCUGCUCUCCGGCCUCGUCCUCGGCGCGGCCCUGCGCGGGACCGGCGCCGCCGCCGGCCGCCCGGAUGCUGCCUCCUGCCCUGGGAGCCUGGACUGCGCCCUGAGGCGUCGGGCUCGGUGCCCCCCGGGAGCCCACAUGUGCGGGCCGUGCCUCCAGCCCUUCCAGGAGGACCUGCAGGGGCACUGCGUGCCCAGGGCGCAUCGGCCACUGGGGGCUGGUACCACCCGGCCACCACUGGAGGAUGAGAUCGACUUCUUGGCCCAGGAGCUCGCUCAGCGGGAGGGAGGACACGCCCAGCCUGCUGCCACUCCGGCACUCUCGGAUCCUGGCCCGCCCCCCACCCGGGGGGCCCCGGCGCCCACACCCCACAGAUCCCUGGCCUCCACCAUGGGGCCCGUGCACAUGGCCCCCCUGGGACCCCGGGGCCUGCACAGCCACGCCUUGGUCCUCGUGUUGAUCCUGGCCUGCUCUGUGGCCGGUGCUGCAGCCUUGGUCAUGGCCGUUCUCUGCUGGUGCCGGCUGCAGAGGGAGAUCCGGCUGACCCAGAAGGUGGACUACGUGGCCCCGCAGGCGGCCAGCUGCCCCACAGACCCCAGCCCCUCGCCUGGCGACCAGAGGCUGGCGCACAGCGCCGAGGUGUACCACUACCAGCAUCAGCGGCAGCAGAUGCUGUGCCUGCAGCGGCACCAGGAGCCGCCCGCAGGGCCCGAUGUUGCCACCGCCGCCUCGGACGAGGAGAAUGAAGAUGGAGACUUCACGGUGUACGAGUGCCCGGGCCUGGCCCCGACCGGAGAGAUGGAGGUGCGCAACCCGCUGUUCAACCACGCCUCGCUGUCCACGCGGGAACCGCAGUGACCGCUCUCUGGGAGGACGAGGCCACGUCGGCGAGACCCUUGGCUUGGCAACCCGCCAGGCAUCU